CUCCAGCGGACCGGGGAAGAGCACCGGAAGGGACCUGUCGGAACGCUUUGGAGAAAGGAAGGGAAGGGGAGGAACGGGGAGCUAUGGCAGCUGUGGUUGCGGUCUACAGUGGUCUGGUUAGGAAGACAUUGACACGUGUGGUAACGGCUGCCGUCUGCCUCACAGAACCCGGAACUCAUGCCGUGCUGUGGAGAAGAAGUUGUUCUCAAUAUAAACAACUAACCAGCAAUGAGGACCUGCCUGUUCCAAUGGAAAAUCCUUAUAAGGAGCCUCUUAAGAAAUGUAUCUUGUGUGGGAAACGUGUAGAUUACAAGAAUGUACAGCUUUUGUCCCAGUUUGUUUCUCCAUUUACUGGAUGCAUUUAUGGAAGGCACAUAACAGGUCUUUGUGGGAAGAAACAGAAAGAAAUCACAAAAGCAAUUAAGAGAGCUCAAUUAAUGGGGUUUAUGCCGGUUACAUACAAGGAUCCUGCCUAUCUUAAAGACCCUAAAGUAUGUAACAUAAAGUAUCGGGAGUAAACUAUGUAAGGUUACCACCAAUAAACUUUUUAUAAUAAGUGUUUGUAUGAUGCCAA